CAUGUAUAGACUUAAAAAAGUCAUUAAAACAUACAAGUCAAAUGUAAUUUCAUUAAAAUGGACGUUAAAGAAAUUUUCAUCAGCUUUGUUGGGUUUUAUAUUGUCAACACUUAUUCAGAAAAAAAUAAAAUCGAUUAUGGAGAUUUAAUCAAAGAACAUUGGGAAAAAACAUAUUGGACAAACUUGGACAACUUCAACUGUGUCGAUAAUAAAAUUGUCUCCGAAAAAUCUGUAAGGCUGCGCUCGUUUAACGGAAAUAAGUUUCUUCAGAUUUCUAAAAAUAAGGUUCGAGUGAGUAAUAUACCUUUGCAGAACACUAACAUUACAAUAGAAACUAUUGGACACGAUCUAAUUCGCAUCAAAGGAUGCAAAGCAAAUCGCUACAUAUGCUUCAAUGAAAAAUCAAAGUUAAUUGUUCAGGAAAACGGUGACCAUGACAACUGUGUGUUUGAGGAAAAAUUCAUAACAAGCAAUAUUGUAUGCUAUAAGUCUAAAUUUAAAGACUGGUACUUGGGAAUAAAAGACAAUGGUAAAAUACAAAGAGGCAACCGUAUUCUGUAUUCAAGCAAGGAGAGAGAAACACGGCUAUUUUUCAUUGAAUUUAUUUAAGUCAUUGGAUACUAUGCUAAAAUGAUGUCAUUUUAUUAUCUAAUAUAUGUUUAAAAUGACGUAUAAAACAUAUUUUAAACUUUUUUGCAAUUUUUUUUACAUGUUUUAUUUUUUAUUAAAUUUGUGAGCACACUUUUUUUAUUCUGCUAAACUAU